CAAAACACCCGAAUCCACCGAAUACAACCACUUCAUCUUCCUCUCUCACCGCUCAUCUUCCUCUGAUAACCUGUCGCGGACCAUCAACAGCGCCAACAGUGCCUUUCACCCCGACGAUCGCGCAAAGAUGGACUUCUCAGAUAUCUUCCGAAUCGUGAACUUGGCCGUGGGUAUUUUCAUCAUUCUGGGAGGUGUUGGACAGUUCUGGCCUGGGAUCACAGUGCAAGGAAUCAUUCUCGCCGUAUACCUCUGGAUCUUUGGACUGGCAACGGCUGGUCUCGAAUUCCAGAUCCCACCUCAGGUCGCACGAUAUGCUUCUUUCAUGUUCUCAUUUAUUGGACGCGGAAUUUUCUACAUCUUUGUUGGCUGUAUCCAGAUGGGCGACAGAUGGUGGAAGUACCUCAGCGGUGCGCUUGUCGUCUUCGUCGGUAUCGCGUACGUCGUGCUCGAGUUUACACCAAGCAUCGAACCACCUGCGAAUAUGAGGGAUGCGGAUGCUGGUUGGGGUGCCGAGCAGGUCUAAGCGCGCAGCAUCGAGCGAAUCUAAGAGCCUGGAGAAGUGGGGCGGAAGGUGGAGAGGAAGGCGCUGUGAUGAAUUAGAAGACGUGGGCAGACAGCGCGAAGAUGGUGAAGAGACGACGAUCUAAUGAGCAUGAGUGGGUGUGGCCAGGUCGGCUUGUAACAUACUGUAUCAGCUGGUCACAAUGGUUCCGCAGCGAGGCGUUCCGUGGUGCGGUAUUGAAGAGUUUCGUAGUGGACAUGAAUGAGAAGCGACAUUGGACGAAGCGAAUCGCUUUGGUGGAAAUGCAGCGCAUCUCAAGGAUCUAGACAAUGGUCUUCAUCAUGCUAGGAGAAACUCCGCUUGUGGCCCAGGCACCGAUCCAUGGCGAACGGGACCCAGGCGACUCGGGAACGAGGAGUGACACCAGAGAGCUCCGUUUCAUGAACUCGUUCGACAUACCGAAGCAAUGCGAACCACCACCGGGCUUAUGGGCGAAAUUGAAGCGCGAUAUUGUUUCCUGGCGAUGGGAAUGUGUCGCCGCAGCGAGAUGUUCAAUUCUCGUAUUUCCACGCUGUCUACCACUAGACUUCAAUCGGAGGCAUCACUUUCCCUCAAAAUGUACCUCCCCCUCGUCGGCUCCAUUCCCUCCCAAUGCCCACACCCCAUCCCAUAUAUUAGGCUGCCCCAAGGCGGAAUCCUCAG